UGUGCCUGUCCAGGCUCCGAUGUGAUGCCUGCAAGAAUGAGGAUAAAAUGUAUUCCUCUUCUAGGAGGUUUCUCACUUUUUACCUCUGCCACCGCUGAGAUCGCUAUCAAGCCAACUACAUACCAUCCGGAACGCUCUGACGAAAACAUCAAAAUGCGGUUUAGCAAGAUCCUCCAAAUAACAAUCGAAGACCAUGAGCAAGGUACGGCUCAAAAGAUCAUGGAGGCGAUGAAACCGCUGGACGAACCAAGAAAGGCAGUCUUCAAAUCGCACGAGACAAACAUCGUCGACAACCCCGAAGAGCCCAGCCAGCUGGGAAACACAAUCAAAGUACUAGAAUCCCAACAGCAAACACCGACUGACGAGAAGAGUACGCUCCAAGCAGAAACUAGCACUGGUAGUUGCAGGUUUGGCUGCGCUGGGUAAAGCCGAGUCUUGCGAGAAUAGGGAGGCACCGUUAUUUUCUCAUCCCCUGGCUAUCAUAUUUACCAUUCUGUCUGGGCUGUACGUGUUUCUUAUAGAGGUGUCU